ACAAUCACCAGAGAGCAUCCUGAGCAGCAGCCUCCACCCUCCUCAUCUUCCAUCAGAGCUGCAGAAGGUCUUUGUCAGGCGAUUGGUUCCCUCCAACAUGCUCUGCCCACUGCUCUUCCUGUCUGCCUUCAUCUUACUGGCAGGUGCUCAGAAACAGACAAUUACUAAGUCUUCAGUGUUGAACAUCAGCUCAUGUCCCAUCACGUAUUAUGGACAGAAGUACGAGCAGCUCUAUGUGAACUUCACGAGACAAAAGAUUGUGUUCUGUUUUGACCACUUUUACAACCCUGAGAAUAAAGGCGACUGCAUCGUGGGGAGCUCACCUAACACAAUGACAGCAGAUUUUGAUAUAAUUCAAGCAGAUUCUUUUCUUGAUCAAUGGAUUAGAAAAAAAAUACAAACGAUUCAGAACAGUUUGAGAUGCAGUGUGCAAAUAACCACGCAGGUCAGAAAGUCAAUGAUUACCUUAGCCCUAUUCAACUUUGGGACAGAAGCAGCUCUGAGUUUGGAAGCAUACACCAUUGGUCCAGUGAUCUAUACUGGUCAGGUCAGUAAGGUUGUAAUCGACAAAGUAGAGGUUAAUAACAUUCUAGAGAGCUAUCAAACUGAUGAUAUCUUAGAUAUCAGUGGAUGCAGACACUCAGGUACUGUGUAUAAACCUGGUACUGUGGUCAACUCCAACCCACAAAUCUGCUCCAGUGUCACCUGUUCUGAGACUGCAACCCUCCAGACCUCUGGUUGUGGUCCAUUGGAGCAUUGUCAAGGCAACGACAUCUGCAUGUUGGACACCACCUGCACUGUGACCGGCCCCAUCAUCGACGUGCACGGCCAGAUUAACUCCAUCCAGGAUCGCUGUGCGUACUCUCUGUUCUCGACUCCGUCACUCCCAGACUUCCAGGUUCAGGGGAACUUUGAUGACCGGCGUCGUAAAGAUGUGAGCUUUUUGGACAGUGUGACGCUGCGUGUGGACGGGCAUGACAUUCACCUGGAACAAGGUGGGAGAGUUCAGCUGAACGACUCCACGCUGACCCUCAACAGCUCAUCUCAGCUGGUUCAUGGUGUGCAGCUCUCUAAGGACCAAACUGGAGUCACUGCCAAGCUGUCGCUCUCCAACCUCACCAUCUCUGUCUUCUUUGACGGCGACACCGCACAGAUCCGCUUAGAAGGACCUGCUGGUUCAUCUGUGGAGGGUCUGUGUGGAAACUCCAGCAGGUCUCUGAGAGACCUGAGACUCUCUGAGUACAGCUCCACCAGCUGUGAGAUGCAGUACAGUGAGACUGCUGACAGCACGAUCAACUGCACCAGUGUGACUGAACGCUGUAAUCUCCUGAAGGAGGCGCCCUUCUCCUCCUGUAACAGUGACAUUGACCCAGAGCCCUACAUAACCGCCUGCACCGACACUUUGUGUAAAUAUCCUGCAGUGGACGGACUCAACUGUCAGUUCCUGAAGGCCUACGCCAGAGCCUGCAGUCUACACGACCACACUCUGGAUGGCUGGACAUCAAAGACCGGCUGUUCCUCUGAGGCCUUCUGUCAGGACAGGACCUGCAGCGAUCACGAGUUCUGUGGUGAGAAGACGGUCGGUGGUGACACUCGUUGCUUCUGUCGGGCCAUUUUUGCCUCCAAGUACCAAGCAAACAACUCUUUGGGUGAUCCAACGGUCUGCAAGCAGAACUCUGCUUCACUCACCCUGGUCGGUUGUCUCCUGGAGGACAAAGGCAUCGACUACUCUACCUUACACCUCAAGGACCCGACCUGCAGGGGUCAGGUGGACGAGCUCACCCACAUGGUGACCUUCAGCUUCAACAGCAGCAACAGCUGUGGGACGGAGGUCACGGCCAACAACAGCUACAUCAUCUAUCAGAACACCAUCAGGAGCCAGAAUUACUCUUCCGAUGUCAUCACUCGCAAUGACCAAGUCCAGAUCAACUUCUCCUGUGUCCACAGUCAGCCAAACAUCAAUACUGCAACCUUCAGAAUCAGAGACUGGUCUGUUGCACAGCACAUUACAUCUGGAGCUUGGAAUUACACUCUAACUAUCAAGGCCUACACCGACGCCAGGCGCACACAACUUGUGAAGUGGAACACUGAAUUGCAGUUGAACCAGAAAAUCUGGAUGGAGUUGAAAACUGAUGGCCUGGACGGAAACAUGGUUGCUCUGGUGAGCAAAUCCUGCUGGGCAACCAACAAGGCAUCACCCACCAGCACUCCAAGACACGACCUAAUAUUAAAUGGCUGUGCAAACCGUGCUGACCGAACGGUGCAGGUGCAGGAAAACGGACUGGGAACCUCCACUUACUUCUCCUUCAACAUGUUCCGGUUCACUGUGGGCUCUGCUGACAUCUUCCUUCACUGCCAACUCCACCUGUGUCCCAAACAGGGGAACAACUGCAUCCCGACGUGUAGCAAAGCUGCUCGCAGAUACAGAUCUGCCAGUUUCACAUAUGAACCUGAAGCUCCAGCCUUCAUCAGCGUGUCCUGGACUUAUUAGGUGGUUUCCAUGGUGACUUGGAUGGACUGACUGACCAACCGAGUGCUGACUAAAUGUGACAGUGUUCAGCAGAGACAAGAGACAUGCUGCUUUUAUCUAUCUCCUUUAUACUUGUACUAUUCCUGCUAAACAAUGGAAAAAUAAAGUGUGUGGUAACCAA